GACAGUUGAAUGUCAAAGUGAACUAAGCGCAACGUGACGAUAGUAAAUAAAACCCGCGUGCAUUUGUAUUGCUAACAAAAUAAUGUGCGAUUUUUUUCAAUUUUUCAUAAGAAAUAUAGAAACGAAAUUCUGUCAACUUAGUCGUUAUGGCGUCUACAUCAGCUGCAUGGGAUGCGCUCGAUCCGCCAUUGAAUAAAGUGAUUUUGUCGGUUAUCGAAAAUGAAUUUAAGUUCGAGAAAAUGACUCCGGUUCAGAAAGCAUCGAUUCCAUUGUUGAUGUCGUACAAAGAUGUGGCCGCUGAAGCGGUAACUGGAUCUGGUAAAACAUUGGCAUUUGUGAUCCCAAUAUUGGAGUUAUUGUUGCGUCGAUCGAAUCAAGAAAAGUGGAAAGCAAACGAAGUCGGAGCAAUUAUACUUUCACCUACGCGUGAAUUGGCCGCCCAAACGAAUGCAGUGCUGAAGCCAUUCGCAAAAGCGUUAAGCUUCACCCAUCGUCUGUUGAUUGGUGGUAGUGAUGGAGCCAGUUCUGAUCAAGAUACAACGGCAUUGAAAGCGAACGGUGCUCACAUUAUUAUCGCAACACCGGGACGUUUGCUCGAGCUAUUUGAACGGAAAUGCAACUUGAAUCUGUGCGGACGAUGCAAAAGUUUGGAAAUUUUAGUUUUAGAUGAAGCCGAUAGUUUACUCCAAUAUUCCAGCAAAAUCAAUACAAUUCUGAAAUAUUUACCAACCCAACGACGAACCGCCUUAUUCUCAGCCACACAGAAGAAAGAGAUACAAGAUUUGAUUCGGGCUGGUCUUCGAAAUCCGGUAUUGGUUCGAAUUCGUGAAAAAUCUACCACAAGUACGCCCGUUCGAUUGCAAAAUUACUAUAUGAUCGUUGAGCCGGAGCUUAAAUUGGCCAGUCUUUUGGAUUUUAUAGCACGUCGUAAAAUUAAGAAGGCGUUAAUAUUCUUUCCGACGUGUGCAUGCGUCGAAUACUGGAACGAAGUAUUGCCAGCCGUGUUGCCCGACACAAAAUGUCUGGCGUUGCACGGUAAAAUGAAAGGAGGACGAUUCAAGGUGUUGGAUCAAUUUAAAAAGGAAUCAAAUUCCCUACUAUUAUGUACGGAUGUGCUUGCACGAGGUGUUGAUAUUCCAGAGAUGGAUUGGGUGGUGCAAUGGGAACCGCCAUCGAAUGCUGCCGCUUUUGUGCAUCGUGUUGGUCGAACAGCACGUCAAGGUCAACAUGGAAACGCUCUUAUAUUGAUUCAAUCCAGUGAAGAUGCCUACGUCGACUUUUUAUGCCGUAAUCAAAAUGUGUCCUUGACCAAAGUGACCGACUCUGCGUCAAACGACAAACUAACUGCCACCGCUGAAAAACUACGCGAAACCAUUCAUCGCACACAGCUGGGCAAUCGUUCAAUUUUCGAUAAAGCGAAUCGUGCAUUUGUAUCUCACAUUCAAGCAUACUCGAAACACGAAUGCAAUUUCAUAUUGCGUGUGAACGAUUUGAAUUUAGGAAAGAUAGCUUCAUGUUAUGGCCUAUUGAAAAUGCCUCUUAUGCCGGAGCUCAAACAAAAGUCCAAAGAUGGUAAUGCAACACGUGAUUUCAUUGCACCAAAAAUGCCGUUCGACAUCAAUCAAAUUCGAUACAAAAAUAAGCAACAGGAAGAGGCACGACAGAAGAAAUUGGCAAUUUUCGUGGAGACGGGCAAAUGGCCAAAGGGUAAAAAUGAGAAAAAACACAAGAAAGCCACCGAAGCAUGGUCAAUAUCGAAGCAACGCAAAGCCGAACAAAAAGCUUGUAAAAAAUCACGCAAAGAGAAGAAAGUAUUGAAAUUGAAUUCGGGCACAGCAGUGAAACGGAAGCGAACCGGCGGCAUCAAUGACGAUGACAUCGCCGAACUGGCCAACGAUAUUAAAAUGUUUAAGAAGUUGAAGAAAAACAAAAUCACCGAUCAGGACUUUGACAAACACAUGGGCAUUGAUGACUAGGACAGCAGUUCCUAAGCUAAGUUUUUUUUUUUAAAGAGAUUUGUUUCUUCUAUUUUAAUAUAAAACUGUUUUUUUUUGUAUCAAUUUGAAGCAACACAUUUUGUAAAUAAAAAAAAUGAAGGAAAAAAUUGAAAUAAAUUCAAAAAAAUAUUGAUUUUUCUAACUUUUAAUGCCUCUGUGAAUGUUUUUGACUGCUUUAUUUACAAAACAGUUCGUUUGACGAUUCAGAAUAAAUUGCACAUAGCUCUACACUCAUUUGUACACAACUCGAUCGGUAAUUAGUAGCUAGAAUCUCAUUACAUAGAAGUUCUAUGAUAGAACCUUGCCUUUGAUAGCAAUGAUAACACACAACAACAACUUUUCCUCAAUUAUUCGUCUGUACAUUGUUCAGAGAUCUAUUCACCUGCAGCAUUUGUGUAAUAUUUGUCUAUAUUUUAUCUUUUUGUAUGGAAAUACAUGGAAUUCAUCUCCAAACUCU